AUGCUCUGGAACGAGAUGAAGGCCACCGAUGGGACUGAUACGGACGGCGGCCUCCGUCGUAUGUGGUGCGAAACAUAUUUGGCCAACCUAAGGGCGUCAGAAGAAUCCCUGAAGAUGCUGGCACUCCACAUACGGCAGCAAGAGAAAUUACCCCGCCACAAACGCGAAGAACGACCCGAAGAGUACGAGUACGACCUCGAAAUGCUUUACACACUGGUUGGCAACUUCCGGGACCUGUUCUACGGUGUUAUACCCGUCCGUGAGUGGGCCAAGAUCAGGAAGCAGGACCACAAGCAAUUGGCGAGUCUGGAAAACGCCAUCAGGCCCGCUCUCGCACAACGCCACUAG